CCCAAAUCUAAGUGCUAUAUCCACUAGUGGUUGCUAGCGGCUCUGGGUUGAUUUGUACCACCUUGCGAGGAAGUGAACGUUUCGCACGGAAGGGGCGGUGCCUGUGUCAGCAGCCUGCAGCUCCCCAGCUGCUCCUAAUAACAACAUUAGAAGAUUAGCUGCAACUUCUCUUUACUACUCUAACCUUAUUGAUCUGAUAAUAUAGUCGUGUUUUCUUUCAACUUUUUUAAAGGGAUCAUCUCCGGCUUUUAUAAACUAGGCGCAUGGGGAUGGGGAUGCGGCACGGUUUUAUAUUUAAAUGAUUUUGAAUUCCCUUCCUAAAAUGCAGCAUGCAAGCUAAAAACAAAACAAAAAUUCUGAGCGGAAAAUCUUGCAAACCUGUCUUUCACUGAACGUAAGAAAAGCCUGGUCGCGGUGAUCAGAUUUGGUUGCAUUAUAGAGAGGCAGGCGGGCAUGUGUUUCUGUGUUGUUGCAGAUCACACACAAAACACAGGCACCCACAGUUUUUGCUGCUGCAGCAGCUUUGCAGGCGGGACUGUGUUAGGGAGGGUGAACUUUGUUCCUGUUUCAUGUUAGAGACGGUAAAUGAAGAUCAGCUCCAGGGGGAUCAUCUUGCUGGUGCUGCUGCUUCUCUGGUGUUUCCGUGUUGUGGAGGGGCUGGGCUGGGAGGACGGAGACAGGCUGCAGCUUGCUACAUUAGACGUUAUUUACAUACACAAAUAGCUAUGUUCAGAGAGUGUCUCCUCUUGUGAAUUCGGUGGUGGUGGGUUUUGCAACCUGUGCGAAGAACCCUCAUCGCUGGACACCCCCAAAGGGGGUGCUGAGGGUGGGAUAAGAGCGCUGAGGCUAGAAAUGCGUUUUAAUACAAAAAGCAGCGCUUUGCUGAGGUGCUGGGGGUCUCGGUUCUGGAGGAGUCGGCGGCAGCAGCAGUGUCCUCUGGAGGGUCCCUUCUGGUCCUGCUUUGGUGGUGCUCGGCCCCGGCCCAUCUUGGACAUGUCCUACUCCCGUCACUUUCUGGAUUUCCAGGGCUCGUCUAUUCCCAGCUCCAUGAAGAAGCUGGUGGUGACUAAGCUGAACUCAAACUUCCGAGAGGCUGUUGCCCUGCGGCAGGACGCGCCUGUGCCACUCCCGGGAGAUGGAGAUCUUCUUGUCAGAAAAAGAUUUAUCGGCAUUAAUGCAUCUGAUAUAAACUAUUCAGCUGGUCGGUAUGACACGUCAGUUAAACCCCCGUUUGAUGUAGGUUUUGAAGGUAUUGGUGAUGUAGUAGCCUUAGGCCUGAGUGCUAGUGCCAGAUACACAGUAGGCCAAGCUGUGGCCUAUAUGGCACCUGGUUCUUUUGCUGAAUAUACAGUUGUGCCUGCCAAACAAGCAGUUCUUCUACCCUCAGUGAAACCUGAGUUCCUUACUCUAAUGUUAAGUGGCGCGACAGCAUACAUCAGUCUGAAGGAGCUUGGAGAACUGACUGAAGGCAAGAAGGUUUUGGUGACUGCAGCAUCUGGAGGAACAGGCCAGUUUGCUGUGCAGCUUUCAAAGAAGGCAAAGUGCCAUGUAAUUGGAACUUGCUCCAGUGAUGAAAAGGCUGAUUUUCUGAAAUCCAUUGGCUGUGACCAUCCCAUCAACUAUAAAACUGAAAAUCUUGGUGCCGUUCUUAGAAGGGACUACCCAGAAGGUGUGGAUGUAGUGUAUGAAUCUGUUGGUGGAAAGAUGUUUGACUUGGCUGUCAACUCCUUGGCUACUAAAGGGCGACUGAUAGUGAUUGGGUUUAUCUCUGGCUAUCAAAAUCCUACUGGCCUUCAGCCUAUUAAAGCAGAGAUGUUGCCAGCAAAACUACUGAAGAAAUCUGCCAGCAUCCAGGGUUUCUUCCUGAACCAUUAUCUUUCUGAAUAUAAAAUGGCUAUGCAGCAUUUGCUCACUAUGUGUGAAAGUGGAGAACUGGUUUGUGAGGUGGACCUUGGAGACAUGUCUCCAGAGGGCAAGUUCACUGGCUUGGAGUCUGUAUUCCGUGCUAUAGAUUAUAUGUACAUGGGAAAAAACAUUGGAAAAAUUGUAGUUGAAUUACCUAACUCUGUCAACAGUAAGCUGUAAAAACAGAACAAUGAUAUUAAUCAAAACAGAGAGAAAAUAGGCACUUUAUACCUCAGAAUUACUGGAAACUAUUUCUUUUUGAAAAAAAAACCUGAGUAAAGGGUAGUAUAUUAAAACGGUAUUAAGUUGUUACGAAAAAGGUUGACUUAAAAAAGCUAAAAAUUUAACCAGUGCCUGUUGCAAGGAUUUAACAAGCCUGUGUUUGAUUCUGUAACUUUUAUAGUAUUAGCGCUGCUCAGGCUAAUACUAGAUAUGAACAUUAUUCUGGGCAAUUAGAAUAAGUGAUGAUGCAGAGGCUGAUCCACCAGUUUCUUUGAUAAGAUUUUUAAAUCCUUUUUGGAAACAUUACAUUUCAUAUGUGUCAUGUCAGCUAUUUUGAUCCUCUGAUUUAAAAACAUCUUUUAUUUUCAGCAAAAUAAAACAUUCUGUUUUUAACUCUUGACAUUUCUGGGAAACCAAAGUUUAAAAUUAUUUUUUCUACUUUUUUUGUAUUUCAAACUCAGUAAUAAUGUUAUGGCUGUCCUGUGCAAGUUAUUCAGAAUUCACAUGCAAUUCUAUACAGAAAAUGUAGCCACUAGUUCUAACAUGGCAGAAAAAUGGGGGAGAAAAGGAGGGAACACUCACCAUUUCUUUUAAAUCACAGAGUUGGCAACUAUAAGUAAGUCUGCAAUUUUUAUUCACAUCUUUGUUCCAUUUGGAACAGUCAUCUUAUCCGUUUGCUUUGGUGUUUAUUAUCUUUAUUGUUUACCCUUCUUUCUCUCUAUUAAUCCCCAAGAUGGGCUAACAGGACUUCAGUUCUAAAUUGUGUUUCCAUGUAUUGAGAUUCUUUAUUUGUAUCAACAAUUUAAUAAAAUGCAGAAAGCUAUCUCUGUGUUUGUCAUAUUU